AUGAGGUCGACGUGCAUCACAUCAAAGUCGUGCUCUGAUCCUCUUGGUACCGCAAGUUAUCGGCCCUUAAAGAAAGGUGUGUUCCUUGGUAUGAAUAGUAUUUUCAUCAAAGAUCACACGACGAUGGUAUUGUCCGACUUGGACUGCCAUGAUAUGAAUAGAGCAGUUUGAUC